AAUAUCAAAAACUUCUGAAUCUGAAAAAACUAUUGAAAAAAAUUCAAGUGCUAUUUCUGUUAUUAAAAGAAAGGAGGCCAUUCUAGAUUUGAUUCCUUUAGAUGUUCAAAUAAGUGCUCUUGAAAGUAUAAAAGAAAAACCUUAUUCUUUGACACAUAAAAGAAAAUUAAAUAAUGAUCAAAGUGAAGAUUUUUAUAGCAAUGAAAUUGAUGAAAACAAAAAUUUAGAAUUUAAAAGAUUAUAUAUUAAUAUAUAUAAUCGCAAAUGGGCAGAAUUUGAUAUAGAUCUUUUUCUUUUAGGAUAUUUUUUCCAUCCAUAUUUUUGGGGAAAAGGAUUCUUACCAGGAGUUUUUCAUAGAGUUUGCCAUACUGCAGUAUCAAUUUGGCUAAAGUUGGAUGGCGAAAAAUAUAGUAGUGCACAAUUAUUAUCACAAAUGACUUCAUAUAAGCAAUAUGAGGAUCCAUAUAAUAUUCUAUUCGAUUUUUAUAAUUCCUCUGUACAAAAUUGGUGGAGUAUUAUUGAUCAAAAAAAUAAUCAUAUUCAAAAAUUAGCACUUAAAAUAUUGGCAAUAAUGCCUCAUUAA